CUUAAUUAACAAUGUAACCAAAUUAAAAUUUCGUUUGCGUAUAAGUAGUUCAUGCCAAAUGUGACUUAUAGGCCAUUGUUUGCUGAAGUUCCUCUCCGUUAUUCAUCCCUAAAAUGGCGAAGUGAUAUGUGGGCAAUACUAAUUAGCAAUGACCAAUUUAAAUCGCGACUGGUGAUAAUGCAGACGUGUGGUGUUUAGUUUGGAACAGCCGCUGCCGGACUCCCCUCGUGGCGCCCGUCGCGCUACACUCGCACACACGUCUCCGCGUAAAAAUAAAGUCAGCGCGCGUCUGCGUACUUCAACCCAUUUAUAAAUUAUUAGUAAACCACGGCGCGGGCGCACGACUGCCGUGACCGGGUGCGCUCGCGAAAAAGAAAAUCGGUUGGAUUCCAAACGCUUUAUUCCAAGCAUUACGAGAAUAACGAGCCCUUGCGCUGCCGAUGUAGUCAAACGAUUCGAAUCCCUAGUGAAUGUUCACGUGUGACGUAAUAUAAACUUUAACUCCUACGUAUUAGAUACCGGUAUCACGCGGCGUUUGAGUUCGUGACAGAUUAAAACAUUGACGUGUUUAUUUGUUGAUGAUAGCAGUGUAUUAGUGAUAUCAGUGUUUAGUUUUUUUUUAAAUAUGCCGGAACGACCGAAAAGACGUAAGAACAAAAAUAAACGUAAAAAUAAUAAAAAUACCAAUACCGAUGUCAACAAAAACAAUGUUGAAGGAAGUGGGACACAUAAUGAAUCUUGUUCAAGCUUAACAGAAAAUAUUAAAGAAACUGCGACACAUAUUGAAGAUGAAGAGGAGAAACUUGAAAUAACAGCACCCGAAAUAAGCAACACCUCCGAUAAAAUCGUAAAAUCUGAUAUAGCUAAGGUAGCUGAACACACUGUGGAUAAAAAUGAAGUUAUAAAAUCUUCUACAUCCCAAAUUCAUGCUGAUUCUGAUAAAAUUAGUUCCCAAUUAGAAUUAGAUAAGGAAUUCAUGGAAGAAAUAGCCAAAUCUGAACAUUGUCCUGUUUUACAUGAAAAUAUUAAAACUAAUACUGAAAAUCAAGCUGGAAAGGAAUCAAAAUCAUCAGAAGAGUAUUCUUGUUCCAAAAAACCUUUAAAUAAUGUGAAUACCAUAAAUGAGCAACCUGAAAAUGUAUCGCAAACAUACAUAGUUGAACCACCAGAGCAAGUUGAUACUAGUAGAACCAAAAGCAAAUUAGAUAAUACGAAAAAAAGUAAAAGUUGUGAUAAUGAUGAUUGUCCUACUAUAGUUGAAAUUACUGAUGAGUCUAACAUACAAAGUGAUGAGCACAGUUUGUGUGUUAUAAAUAACACAAAUGUUUUAAUUUCCGGGGAUGAAUCAGAUAUUGAAUGGGAAAAAGUGCAUCACUUUAAUUUACCACAAACUCAACUUAUCCAAGGAAUAUUGUCAAGUGAUACAAUACCCCUGAAUAUAGUUCACUGUGAUGAAAUCAAGUCACUUAGCCCUCAAGAAGAACAAUCUUUACGUAAUUAUUUACACACUUUAAAUUUGUCGACUAGUCCUCCAACUUCAAAUGUGGACGAUAUUAAAACAGAAAUAGAGCAAAUAAUAAAUCGUGAAAUUAAGUAUAGAUUGCGAAAUAAGGGAUUAAGUGAAGAAACAACAUUUAUCCGAGCUGGUCCGUCCAGAUCAUUAGCGGUUAUUGACGAAGAAGGAAGUGGGGAUUCUUCAAAAACAUCUAGACGUCAUUCAUAUUUAAGCGAUAAAAAAAGUGACAACGAAGAACUAGAAGAUGAAGUCUUUGAAUGUAAACCGACACGUCCGCUCAGGUGUGAAAACAUCAAUUCAAAUGGAAAGAACUCUAAUAAACGUUUAAUACCCCAGCCAUGUAUCCGUGUCGAUGCAAAACUUAAGGAACCUGAAAUUUCAGAAGCACGAGGCGAUUGGUCUGUAAAAACAGUUGAAAAAAUGACUGGAGCGGAAUUAGUAUAUUUGACAGAUUCUUCUAGUAGUACUAGUUCAAUAUAUGAUCUUAAUGAUGAUGCUGACAAAGGUGAAGAGACAGAUGUAUCUGUACGUAUGAUAACACCAACAAUUGAGGUUACAGACACCGAAUCUUUACUCUCCAACACCUUCUUAACAAAAAAUGAUGAUAAAAAUAUUAGUGAAUCUUGUAUUAACGAUCACAAAGAUGUCACUAAAUCUACAAUAUUAACAGAAACUGUAACUGAAAACCUAAAUGAUGUCCAAAAUAACUCAAAUGUUCAACAUGAUACUCACGAAAUUGUCAUUAUGAGUACCGACGAUAUAAAAACAAAUUUAUUUGUAAAGGAUAUAAAUGAAUCAAAAUCUGCCACGGAUUCAGAAAAAAUAUGCGAAAUCGAGACGCCUAACCUUAAAAAUAAUUCUGGAAUAUCAUCAUUAAGCUCUUUCAACCCUCCAAAAGACACAGAUAUAUAUGACCUUGAAAUCAAAGUUUUAAAAUGUGAACUUAAUAAUGCAAUCAAUAAUUUAAUUAAAGAAGUUAUUUCUGAUUCUGAAAGUUGUAAAGAAACUUCAGGUGAUACAAUUACCCGUCAAGAUUCUUCUAGUAGCAUAGAUUCAUCUCAAUGCACCGUUAAAUAUAACCCAAAUAAUUCAUCUCUUAAUGAUGUGUCUAAUAUUCUACAAGAAGAUACAUACGAUAAUGCAAAUAAAGGAAAUCUUCAAAUUAAUGCUGGGUCUAGUCAUGUUAAAGAUGUACUCCAAUGUGUAACUGCAAAGCCACCUCUCAUAAGUAAGAAAAUAGAAGAUGGAUUUUGUAAGCAACCUUCUAAAUUGAGAGAUAUUUGCGUUAAGAAAAUAACUUCUUUUCCAUUUGGUGACAAAAUUUUAGAAGAACUGGCUCAUGUAUCACUCCGCUUACAAAACAUGAGUGCUCUAGUUUCAGAGCGUAAUCAAGCAGUAAAAACACAAUCUAUAAAUAAAGAUGCUCAGAUAAACGCAGAACAAUGCGAAUUAAGGAAGUUGCCAGAAUAUAAAAACUUGCAUCAUAAUGAAUAUAGUAAUAUUCCCCCUCCGAUUUUACCUCGAAAAUCAUCUCUAAAAAUAGCUCAAGAUGAACCAAUUAAAUUUGUACCUCCAAAAGCAGAAGCCAAGUAUGAAUGCUUAUCACCAUCGCAGAAGAUGCUAAUGGAAAAGACAAAUACUACCUUUGGAAGAGAUUUUAAAAGUCAACCUAACGUAAAUAUUAAUGAAACUAGCAAUGGAAUCGAAAAAAAAUCAGACCGCCCCAUUAUUCCAUCAUCCAUCGCACCCAUGAAAUCAGAAACUGGAAGUCGACUAUUAGCUUUAUUGAGAGAUACUUCUAUUUCAAAUAAUUCAAAUACCCAUACAUUAGAAGAUAGGAACUUGAAUCAAAUACCAAAGAUGAAAACUAACUCAGAAACGUUUUCGAAAAGACUUUUAGACGAAAUAGAUUCGGCAAAUCAAUAUAAAGAAAUGACAAGCACUAAAAACAGCUUCUCUACAAAAUCAUCGAAUAGUUUUAAACUCAUACCAUCUCAAAAGCCUAAAAAAUUAUCAACUUAUUCCUAUGAAAGUGAUGAAGCUUCAGAUUUCCGAGAAAACUCAUUUCGCACAAUGCGCAGUAAUAAAAAAUACUUUCAUUACUCAACUGGUAAUCUGAACAAAGAAAUAGAAGACGAUAUAUCUUCAAUACAAAAUAUGCACAGAUAUUGUACAAAUUUAAGAGAUCAAAGUUACGAGCCCAGUCCGAGAAGACCUUCUUUACCCAAAGACUUAUGUGACCAACAGAUGGAAUAUAUUUGUCAAAAGGAAAAAGAAGUUGAUGCAGAACUACGCCGUUUAGAGCAAGAACAAAAUAAAUCUAGAAAUAGAGGUCCCAGAGCCCCGAUGGUGCCCGAACAAAAGAGUAAUUAUAAUCAAAUAUUUCACCAGAAAUCCAAAAGUUCUAUCAACAAUGACUUUACGUCACCGUCUCAAACACAUAAAAAUACUGGGAAUAGUAAGCUUUCUUCUCUCUUCAGUAGAAGCCAGGAAGAAUUGCUUCGAGAAAAAAUGUAUUCAGAAUAUAUGAGUCAAAUGGCGGAGAGGGAACAAAGAAAACAGCAGAGAGUUAUUAAAGUUACCCAAACACCUGUCAAUAAUAGUUUGAUAUCAAAAAGUAUGCCCUUACUGGACAAUUUUGAUUCAAAAGUGAAUAAUCGUAUAGAGCAAGAAUUUAUAUCAAAGGCUAGAGAAAGGUGGUGUAAGCUAGGUAUUAGGGAUCCAGAGACUGAAGACAAAAAGGAUGUUGGUAGUGAUUUGUACAGGGAACCAAAAGUUAUUGAACAUAAAAUAAAAGUGAUUGAAGCUGGUGAGGAGAAAGAUGUACAAAAGUUGCCUAGUCAUAUGCAGGACUUUGUAAAGUUUACAGUGAAAGAAAAAGAGCAAGACACAGGUAGCACUGAGACCGUGAUGAUCGCACCGACGUUCAAGGCGCGCUCGUCCUCACCAGCAAUUUGGAGGCCCGGGGCUCCGUCAGGGGGCGAGGCCCCGAGCGCGCCGAGCCCGGGGGCUCCGCCGCCGCCGCCGCCGCCGCCCGUGUGGACGCCCGGCAGCGCCACCACAUCGCCGCUAACCUCGAGGAAGACCUUCCGCCCCGUGCACUUCGAAGAUACGCCACCACCACGACGAAAAUUUGGAAGUUCAGAUCAGAACGGAUGCACCAGUGGCUCAGAGAGUGAGGGUCGUCUUCGAACGUCUCAGAGUGCGCCGGCAACUGGCCUCAACUCCUUGGGAUCGUCCACGAGUCGCCUGCCUCGAGCUCAGAACCCCACAGUCACCUUACUACAGAAAGCGCGAGAAGGACAAAUUCCACGCGCACCUAGCAACAUCCAACCACCUCGAGAAGAGAAUCAUCGUCUUGCACGUGAUCGCCCAUCACCUCCCAGAGGUGAACCAGCGUAUGCAUUACGUAAAGAUUACACCAGCGAAAGUGAAGCCGAAAGGAGUGAUUUUGAAAGGAGCAGUCAUAGAAUGACGGACGCUAAGAAGAAGAUUGAAGGAAUUGGACCCACAACCAAAGACGGCAUGCCAGUGACACUUAGAUCUGAAGUAAAGGACCCUUCAAGGUGGUACAAAAAAAUGUACGACACGAUUCACAAAAACAAAUAUGAUGAGGAUUAUGUGACUAUUCGAUACAAAAACCGUCGAGGAGAAACAUUACAAAGGCCGAGCAGUAACCGAUCGCAGUACGCAUACUUUGACCCCCGCUCUGGAUACCUCAGCGAACCGGAGGGAGGUCUCAGUAGACUGGCUUCGAGUACUUGGAGCGACGCGUACGACAGUGACGUCACCAGCGGUCCCAGACGAAGAACAGCAUCAGUACAAGAGGACAGAAGGCAUGAUGAAGUGCCGGCGUAUCUACCAAAUAAUAAAUAUAGUACGUUAGCUUCAGCGAGAGCCAGGCAGGAAGUAUAUAAAAACCAGCCUGGAAGGAUAGAAAAUUAUAUGCCUGGAAAAUCAUCUGUUAUUGAUAAGGAAGCCAAACAGUGGUGGGACGAGGUCAUGGACAUUUUUGACGGGUGGCUAGACGAGAACUCCCCUCUGCCUCCCUACUCCACAUUGCUCGCUCGCGCUAUACAGAAGAGUCAAAAUGAGUCAAAUGCAUUAUCACAGUCUCAAGCGUCGCCAAAGGAAAAGAAGGACAUUACGACUGCAAUUCUAUCUAAAUCUAAUAUGGCAAGAGCAUUAAAAGAGUCGGGCUACGAGUCCGAUUCGACGCUGAUCUUCCGACGUCGGGAGGACACGGAGGCGCCGCUGUCGCCGGCGGAGCGACGGGCGGCCUACAAGGACCUGCAAGCGGGAGGUGAACCGCCCCUCAGGGGGUUCCGCUCUCCAGCCCCACCUAGACAAGACGAAUCAGAAAUCGAAUAUAUUCCGAUAUCCUCAACUCUAACGAAAAUAAGAGUACACAAAAAAUCGCCGCAGAUGCAUGAAGUUAUAUGUUAUCCUGUAACUGGCAUUUUCAAAGAUCAUGAAGACGAAGAGUAUUCAAAUUAUAGAAGCAGGAUUACUGAAUAUCCACCGAUUCCUCCUAGAAGAAUAUCUUCUAAGAACAGUCGAACGCUGCAGUUAGUGACAUCUGCCAGGUCUUCUUCCCCGUCACCUAAACGAGUUACCCUAGAAAAAUCGAAUGUUGAAUACCUUAAAAAUAAAAUUUCUAAUAAAUUGAGUAGAGAAAAUACUCAUACAAUAAUUAGAAAAAAUACAAGUCCAAAAAGAAUUAUAUCAACAUCGGCACCACCAGCUUUAAAUAGACAUAAAUUGGUAAGCGCUGCAGUAAAUAUGAAACAAAAAACAUUGAAUAACAACAAGCAUAUUGGAACUAGUAGUUUCAGCUCGCCUAGGAGAACAAUUUUACCCAUAAAUUAUCCUAAUACAGGACGCAGGUAUGGAGAGCCUUCUUCUGUAGUAUUAGAAGGUGGUGCAGGUCGCAAAACUCCCAUAACAAAUAUAUUAGAUAAAAUUACUCCACUAGAUAAACUUUGGAGUUCGCAAAAGAGAAAUGAACGUAUAGAUCUUUCUAAAAUAAAACCUAAAAGUUUGAUAAAACAUGGGGAUACAUCAUCAAGGGGCACUGUAUUCAAAUCCACAAAUUCCAAAACUAUAGUGCCAAUUGUGACUCAUAAAAGUAGAGAUAUGAUAAGAACUUCAGAAAGAAUUCAAAGAAUGAAAAUUUCAAACCUUCAAACAAAAUCUACUCCAUGCUUGAUGAAAACAGAUUCUACGAGUAAGUCCAUUAAGCCUAAUAAUCCCUUACAAGUAAUGUCUAAGAUGUCCAAGUCAUCUUCACAAAUAGCACCAGUUUCAAAAAAGUCCAACCAAGUGAAAACGGCUAUGGUGACGAACCUUAAAAAGAAAAAGUCCUUAGAAACUAUACUACUAAGACCCCGAAGUUUACCAUGCCAUGACCCACCUGGCAAAAAAAUAAAGGAAUUGAAUAAAAAUGUUAAAAAAAGUCAAAAAAAUAAAAAUACACAUAAGAAGAGUCAGAAAGAUAUGCCCAAUGAUUCAGAAAGUGCCAGUCAAUUUGGAGAUGUUUUUAAAAAGAAAAAUUCUAAAGAUAUUAAGAAAGCACAUGAUGCUGUUGUUUCAGACUCCUUUUUUCAACAUUUAUUCUUAGGAAGACUUCCUUUUUCCACUUAUAACCUUAGAGAUCAAGAACAAGGUCCAACAAGCUCAGUACUCCAAAAGGCAAGAAUGUUUCAGUCCUUGCCAGAAACUAGUUUAAACUAUCCAAAUUCUUUAAAUACUUAUUUGAUUCACCGAAAACCCGUCUCUCUCUCGCGAUUUAAAAUGUGGGAUAGACAACCAACUCCUCUGCAUGUUCAAAAUUCUAGAUCAAUUUCCUGGCCUGGUAAAAUGGAUGGCAAAAUUCGUAAAUUUGACAGUUUAUCAAAAUAUCAUAGUGAAUUUGGAUCAACAUCAUCUUUAGCAACAGUAAGAAGUAGAAGUGAACCACCAGCUAACAAGCUAUAUUUUUCACAAACUUCUCGACCAGUAUCGCCAAGCAUAAUAUUUCACAAGAAACCAGAGAUAUCAAUACGAGGGUCAUCACCGGUUAAGCUUGCAUCUCCAAACAAAUUUGUUUUUCUUCAACAAGCACCAAAAAACUUAAAAUCAUCAUCUGCCACUGAGAAGCGUAUAGAUUCAAAAUUUAAAACAGUUUCACCGACACGAAUUAUUUUUUCUGAAUCAGUACGAUCGAUUUCUCCAUCAGAAAUAAGUGAUAUUUAUGAUUUACCCCAUAAAAUUACGCCGAACCAAAAUCAAGGUAGAAUAUUUUUCUCCCAAACCUCGAGACCCAUAUCACCCAAACUUAUAAAUAAAACAUCUGCUAGUAGAAGCCAGUCAACUUCUCCAGUGUCAACUCGAUCUCCUUCAUAUCGUCGUAUACAUAAUGCUAGAACUCAAACAAAGCUUGAAACAAUCAAGAAAGAGUUCCGAACUCGAAGUGCUGACACCGUUGAAAAAUAUGAUAGAAAAAAUAAAAUACCUUCUAGAGCUAUUAGUGAAUCUAACAUAUAUGAAAAUGAUCCUGAUUACGAUGAAUAUAUUCGGGAUUCAAAAAAUUUAAAAGGAAGAUCUGAAAGGUUUCGUGAACUUAACCGUUAUUAUACGUAUUUAGAAAGAGUCGCUGAACUAGAAAAAGCUACAUCCAGCCGAAAUUUUUGCCAAAGAAAAAAAGACGAAGAGAUUAUUGAUUUUGAUCGUUGGAAAAAAAUUCGUACAAUAGAAAGAGCAGAAGAGGAGCUUAAUAAUUUAUAUUCAAAACUUAAGAAAGCACAAAACGAAAACGAUAUACUUUUUUAUCCUCGAGAUGUUAAUGACUUUAGAUGGGAUUACAAUAGAGAAAGAGGACUAAGGGUAAAAGAAAAAUCUGUAGAAGAUUUGAAAGAAGAGUUGCAACAAAAAACGUCUGAAAUAGACCGUUCCCAAUGUAAUGAUACGUACAAACCUCUUUGGCGUGGAACAAGUGUCGCUGAAACAGCUUAUACUAUUAAUAAAAAAAAUGAAAUUAAGGGCAAUGAAUCUUUUAAAGCUGAUAAGCCUAAAACUAGUCCACAAGCAGAUUCUUUAACAGAUUUGCGAAAAAAGAUUGGCCUUGGAAAUCGUUUAUGGAGCAGUCUGUCAAUGGAGCAAGUUAAUGCCCUUAAAAAUCAACUUAAUGCCAUAUAUAGUAAAGAAUUUGAAUCUAAGGCAAACAAGGAAAAUGAGACAUAUACUAUUGAUGUAAAAGAUGCAAAAGCAAAUAAAAAUCCCAUGCUUCAUGUUCGCUGUAGUUCUUUAGUAACGCCUAGGUCAAAAGAUAUGGAAACUGAACUUAGUAAAUCAAAAUCUAUUGCAGCCAUUAGUUAUCCAUUAGCAUCUGAAAAGGAAUUAAAAAAUAAUGUCAAUAAAAUGCAAAUGUCUCUUAGCGAAAAUGAAAAGAAAAGGAUUUCACAAUCACUUAGUAAGGAAGUCUUAAAUCGAAUCCAUAAAUUUGAUACAGCAGCACUUAAACAGGAAUUUGUUAACCCCAUAGUUAAUGUUGACACCAGUGUAAAACAACAGGAAAAAGAAAAGAACACAGAUGUAAGUAUUCAAAAGUAUUCAGAAAUAAAUAAAACCUUGGAUGAAAAAAAUAGGCAAGUGGUUUGUCCUGCACAAAUUCCUGAAAUUUCGAACCAAUCAUCAGCUAGUGAAACUGAAACUGGAAGUUCAGAUAUAUCUGGCAAGACAGUCAUAUACAACGAGCCUAAAAAAGAAGUACAGAAGAAAGUAGAAUAUUUUGAAUCAGUUAAAAACGAAAUCAGUCAACCAAAGAAUAUAUAUCAUGCAAGAGAUAGUUCUGAUGAACAAAAAGUUACUCAGAAACUCACUGAUAUGAAAGAUGGUAAUGUACAAAAUAAUCCAAUAUUUCAAUCUCAAUCAUGUACAAAUAUCAAAGAAUUUUUUGGAGAAAGUGAAAGAAAUAAAUUUUUGUCCCUUCCUUCGAAGAAUGACCUAAAUUCAAGAUCGCCAUCGCCUCGUUCAGAAGUGUACGCUAGCGAUCGAAGAACGCCUGACACGCUACGGUUUUCCAGUGACGAGACAAUCUGGCGUAGUCGGAGCCCGUCCCCCGAUCCGGAGCGUUACUGGCGUACUUACCUUAAGCUGGCACGAGAAGGGGAAGUGCGCCGCCUCGCACGACGCUUCGAUUCACCCUCUGCAGCCGGCGCGGUAUUGCGACGAUACCGAAGUGAUCCAGAAAUUAUUCGAAACGAUAUAAAUAAUAUUUGGCCCUUAGCUGAAAGGGCCACCCGCCGCGGAAAAUGUAGGGCCUUAUUACCAGUGGCACGCAUGCCACUACGGCCCAGUAAUCGUUUCAUGCCACAUAUCGACGUUAUAUCAAAACUGGCUGCACUUCGCAAACGUAAUACUACAAGAUCUCAUUCUGCAGAAGAAGCGCUGGAAUGUCGACCCGGAGAAGUAGAACGCAUUCGGCGCAGAUUUGAAGCGAUGUCCCUACUUGGUCAGAUUUACGCAUCCACUCCGGACGUAAAUGAUCUUCACGAUAUAGAGUCGUACUUAGCGGGGCCAUGGAUUGCACACCGAUACCCGAAACCGGAAGAUAAUUAUAGAUCGAUAGCUGAUACGACUACUUUAGUUCGCGGACGCACAGUUUCAGAUAAAAGAGAAAAUAUCAAAACUGCGAAAAGAGAAUCUGUUAAACUUAAUUCUAUUCUUAAAAACGAAUCAUUAGCAAAGCAAGCCUUCAAUCCUUUGGCGCAUCGCCCGGCCAGCCGCUAUGAGCCCCCUCGCACGCCACCCCGGCCUCCGCCGGCGUCGUGGCCCUACCGUCUAGCGACCUAUAUCACGCCAUCGCGACACACGGUAACAUUCCAAGAGAGUGACACCGCGCCGGAACCACCGCGACGCGCAUCUCACGGCAGCUUUUCAGAGUCAGAAUCUCCGAACCGGCGGUACGUGGAGAGCGAUGUCAACAUCCACUACCGGUGUCCGGUGCGACAUGACCCCCUACCGCUGGUACCUGAACGCGAGCUUGCCAUACAACAGGCUGAGCAUAUGAAACGGCUCUACAGAGAACAGAGGCGAAACAAAUACUUACAGGAAAAUAACAUACACCAUGCAGAUAUAGACUCAUUUGACGCUUCUAUCAAGGAGCUUCAGGAUAUGCAAAAUCGACGUCAUCAAGACAAUUUUAUGCCAUCACAGAAAACAGUCGUACCCCUUAAUCGUUACGACGAAGCGGAGAAGAUUGUCGCAAAAGCGUUAUACACAUUCAAUGGGCAGACUGCAAGAGAGCUCAGCUUUAGGAAAGGAGACAUUAUAAAUGUGAGAAGACAAAUAGAUUCCAAUUGGUAUGAAGGAGAGGUGCGGGGAAAGAUCGGCCUGUUUCCUUAUAACUAUGUUGAGUUACUUAAAGGCGAUGGGGCCCAAACACUCAAAAAACCCGCCGUCGUCGAAGGUCGAGCGAGAGCCAAAUUCGAUUUCAUAGCACAAACUAAUCUCGAACUACCAUUGAAGAAAGGCGAGAUCGUUGUACUGGCUAGGCGUAUAGACCAUAAUUGGUGGGAAGGCAGAAAUGCAAACAGAACCGGUAUAUUCCCUGAUAGUUAUGUUACAAUUUUGCAAGAGCCUAGUCAGAGUAAACCUGAACCAAUCCUAACAACCGAUAAACCAGUAGCAUCGCCAGUAGCGCACGGGCUGCUGAAUGGCACGGAUAAACGCAGCAUGGGAUCCCAUAGCUACACUCCUCAGCCCAACAGCCCCGCACUAUCUAACGCACCGCCUGCCACUCAGCCACUGUCAGGUUACGUGACCAAGUCGUCACAGGGUGCGUCAGCGUCGGAGCGCGGGUACGGGCCGCCGACGGGCGCAGGCGUCGACCUCAACAACACCGAACCGCUCUACGUUGACACCAACGCUGAGGCUGUCCCAUACCGGGCCAUGUACAAAUACCGGCCGCAAAACCCUGACGAGUUAGAACUGCAGGAGGGUGACACGGUGUACGUGCUGGAGAAGUGCGACGACGGCUGGUACGUCGGUUCCAGCCAGCGGACUGGCAGAUUUGGCACUUUCCCUGGUAACUACGUGGAACGUAUCUGAUAGCGCCACACGUCGCUGCUGCGACGCCUCCGCCGCGCCGCGCUGUGUACGCGACGCACAAGAUAAACACAUAACUAACAUUUUACAGACUGCCUACAAAAAUAUACCAUUUAAACAUAUCCUCGAACUAACUUUUUCAAUGUGAUAAUGUCUACCCAAUCAAGACCAAAAUCAACCAAGGCAUAGUCGUUUAAUGUGGAAAAUAAAUGGUAUGGAACGGCCUCUCUUAGAUAGGUACAACCGGUGAGAGUGACCGGGUUUUUGGUACGUCUGCCAGGGUCACUACGCUGGGUGCCUUACUAAGAACGCAGUCACCCUCACUGCUCUACCUAUCCAAGAGAGGCCUAUAACUGCCGCCCAACGUGGGACCUUUUUACAAUAGAAAUUCUAAACGAAGUGAUCCUAUAAGGGUUCCGGUUUUUCCUUUUGAGGUACAGAACCUUAAAAAUAGGCUUUACCAUCGGAUUCAGGCAAAGCAAACGAGCGCAAACUUGAUGAAUUUAUUGUUAGCAAUUGAGUAGUCCGGAAAUCCUGUUUCUAUCAUCAUAACAGCUCGACAAGGCAAAGCUUAAAAUAAGAGUUAAAAGGCUAGUCAAACCCGUGGAUUAUGACUUCAAAUCGUUACCUAUUUUCUAUUAAAGCAGAUUGGUAGAAAUUAUCACGUCUGAAUUGGCAACAUUGGUAGCUUUUCUGUUUCUUUAUUUCCUACUACAGAACGGAAGAAAAGGUUAGUUUAAGGUUUACACAAAUUAAUUAUUUACAAAAAUAUUAAUGUGAAAUUAAAUUAUUAAACUUUUUUUAUUAAUUAUACAGGAUCUAUUUAAUUUAAAAUAUACCUUUUAUUUAGUAAGUACCUACUGGAAAAACUUACACGAUUUUUGUAACAAUGAUAUGCAUGUAUCUUUCUGUAUGGUAGAAAACUCGGUAGGAAGUCUUUUAAUGACUCAAAAAUUUGGUUGUAUACUAACAGUUCAUUAGGUAUAUAUUAAUGUUACCAAAUUAUGAACCAUGACUUUUAUAUCCUUUUAUAAAAUAAUUCUUGAUACAUAAAUAUAAUGAACUAAUACCGUUUAUCAAUGUUCUAUAUGGUACAUAUAUUUUUUCCAGCUUAACGAUGCAAUACCUUGUAGGUAUAAGUAUUAGGUAAUACCAUCAUAUUUUCUAAUGAACUAAUAAUACUUAAUUUAUUUUAUUAUUAUUUUUUAUUUGCUUUUACACAGUUUGAAAUAAAUACUAAGAAAAAAUAUGUGUGCCAACUUGAUCGAACCAUCCCAAAGUUGUUUUGCGCGCCCAAAGAAUAUGUUAUUGGAUGUUUAUGGUGUUGUAUAAUUGUAUAAAACGUAUAUACCUGUAAAGUCGUUUAUUAGUUAUAGUAAUUUAUUUAAUAUGUAGGAGCUGGGGAUCGGAGCUCUUCUUUUAAAAGUAACUUUUAAAAGUAUGCAGCUAAAACUUAUACUACCAUGUUUUAUUCUAGAAACUAAAGUUUCUUUGAAUGACAGUCUAUAACGAUACAAUAUUUAAUUAAAAUAAACAGAACCUAUUCAAUAUAGCGUAACAGUAUCUACCAUGACAAUUUUUUUAAUUACCUACCUACCUAAUGAUAUAAAUCGGCAAAAGUCAAACUUUGAAAACUAACGUUUUUCAUUAACUGCAAAGUUUCGACGUUUUGUGUAUUGGCAAAAUUAGAUCAUCAUUAACUAACCAUAAACGCUAACAUUAUUUAAUUUCAUUAGACACCGUGUUUUUAUUAGUUACCGCAUUAACAUAGCUAUAAAUAUGUACAAGUAAAGAAAUACUCAUGACUAUGAAAUGGCUGGUGUAAAUAGGGCGAGUAUAUAUAAAAGUAUAUAAUAUAAUACAUAUUAUUAUGGACAACGUUGACAAUACUAUUUUGUAUGCUUAAUUUAAAAUUAGUGUAUUAUAAUAAAUGAGUGUAUUUGACUCCCAAAAAUGCGAUAGACGUAAAUGUUUGGCUUGGCUUUUUAAUGUCUAGUCAUUGUUUACUUAAUUAAAUUUUUCCAAUAUAUAAAAGAUUUACCUUCAAGACUCUUUUAUUAUAUAAUAUCUUAAACACUUCCAUAUAGACAUUUUAUUUUUAUUAAACAUGAUGAUUAAAUUUAGUUUAGAACCUAAAAGUAAAUUACUUACCAAAUUGUCGUUUCUCUCGCCCUAUGUAUUUGCUUAAUUUAUGUAUGAAAUUUAGGUAUUUCUUAUUUUAUUUUUAACCUAUUGUUGUAGUUUUGUUAAUUUAUUUCUAGAAGCACAAACGUUUAUUUGUUGUUGACACCUCGACAUACAAUGUAACAUUUACUGCUAUUUGUUCAAUGUCAUCACAUCUAAUAUAAACUUUCUAUUAAAA